ACCCAUUGAGCGGACCAAUUGCCGUCAUAGGGUGAUUCACGCAGGAAACUGUCCCGCUUAUAUAUCGAGACAAUUGCUAUACACGCCAUUAUAUUGUUCGGCGCCAUACGAACCGCUCCCGUUAACACAAACGCCAAAAUGCGUAAAGUAAUUCUUUAUAUCCUAAAUAUUCUUUAUGCCCUAUUCGGGCUCGCGUUAUUCCUCGGUGGUGUCACGUUUUGUAUAUACGUGGCACAGUUCACCGCCUUGAGGAACACCCAUCAUUACAAGCUGGACUUCAGCUUGUAUUGGCCUCAAGUGAUACCGGUCGUCGCCUGCUUAGCUGGGAUCUUCGUGAUCUUCGUCGCCUGCUGCGGCUGCUGCACUGCUUCCAAGAACAACAAGGGCUUCACUAUUAUGCAGUCUAUCUUCAUCCUGAUCACCUUAAUAGUGCUCAUAACCUCUGCUGCCUUAACGUUGAAAUACGGCGACAAUGAAGAAACGGACGUGUAUUUGAUUGACGCGCUGACCGACGGAUUUUCCGAAGCGAAAACCAGUCCGAAUCACCAGGAGAUGUUCUCAAGGAUUGAGAGCUGGCUUGGUUGCUGCGGAGCUGAGGGCUCAUCGAGCUAUAGGCCUCACGGUGUGCAUUAUUUACCUCAAUCCUGCUGCGGAUAUUCAGAAGGUUCCAGUCAAAAAUGCGAAUUCACGUCUAAGGAGGCUACAGAUAGGCAUGGUUGUGUCAAAGUAGUUGUUUCCUACAGUAGAUUAUUCUUAAGAGUUUUAGCAGCGGCCGCUGCCGUCGCUGCCUUCUUUGGAAUCUUAAGUUUAGUAGCUACUUUAGCUUUGUCGAUAGGAUUGAAGAAAAAGCCAGCAGUUUACGACGCGACGGACAUCGAGACGAAGAAAGGACUUUUGUAAAGUGUUGUGUUUUGUGAAAUGAGUCAAGCUUUAAUAUCCCGCCGUGGGGAUGAAACUUCUUAAGUUUUAUUUUGAAAACUUUAAAAAAGUUUCAGUAUUUGUAAAGUUGUGGUAAUAUUUUUGCAAUUUAUAAAAUAGUUCAAAGGUUGGUUGCAAAAUAUUUCUCGAUGUUUACUAAUUUAAAUGUUUUGAAUGUGUUUAUGUGUGUGAGUAUGUUUACUAUUUAUUGUAGGAAGCUAGUGGUGAGAUAACCAAAGAAUAUAUAAUGUAAUUUACUUUUUACUUAUGUCAAAUAGUGUGAUUUUAAAGUAAGGCCAAUU